AUGAGAGACAUAACCUAUUACAGAUGGCAGGUGGUUUGGUUCAUUUUAUGCUUCUACACAAUCUUCUCUUAUGGCUUAGUUAUGAGAUCUCCCGCGAUCGAUGAUUAUUGGGUGGGUGAUACAAUGAGGUCUAAAAGAAUUGAACGUGUACGGGAAUUACUAAACGAGAGCUCCGUAUCUAUUUUGCUUAAUACAUUACAAGUAUUCGGAAACCAGGUAGGUGAAAUUCUACGUGGGGAUCACGUUAAUAACGAUAAUGUGUUAAAAGGGAUUACUGACCGCUACCCAACGUACCAUGAACUUCAUGAAUUCUGUGAAGGUUUUAGCCGUGUUGCUGAUGACCAGUUGACACAUAUCAGAAAUGCAUGGGACAUUUACACGCGCUACAACGAUAUAAAGGCAGAGUUGGGGAAAAUCGAUUUACAAUCGCCCCGUGCAGACGAAUUAAUUGAUGAGAGGAAUAGGCUCGAAUCUCAGUUCGAGAUGUAUGUGCCUUUUCUUGAAUCUGCGCUUCGAGUUGAGGCUGAUAAACUGGUGCCUAUUGCUGUCUACCUGUUGAAUAUUCUUGAUACAAGAAUAAAGACUCUAAGUUCGAUACAGAAACCUGCUGAGAGUACAAACGGAGCACACACAGGAAAAACCCUGCAAACUACCACAACAUUACAGCGAAGGAAUCCAAAGACAGAGGACAACGCAUGUAUAUGUUCAAGUGAAUGGAGUGUUGAAAAACCAAAAGAUAGCAGUACCUGCCAUACACGUGACGCAAAGAGUGCUACGAAAUCAUCAGGCCAUACGACCUUGGGAUGGAGCGUUAUCCAAACACUGAGUGCCCUUGCUAUAAUGAUGCCUUUAUGA